AUGAAAAACACAAAAGCACAGCUAUGUGUGGAGCGGAAAGAGGAAGUACAGGAGCUCAGAUUAUUGCGUCCCGAUAGCUGUUGGUCCUGGCUGGUGUGUGCCGCCUCAGGAAUAACAACUGUUCUUAAUGGGGGUAUCUUUGGCAGCUUUGGUUUGUUAUUAUCUCCAUUGAUGGAAGAUUUUGGAGUGACCCGUUUUGAUGCAGGUAAUAACCUUGAUACAGUAGUGCCGCUAGGCAACUACUGUUACUGUUACUGUUUCCCUGCCUAGUUCCUAGCGUCUCAAGUGUUUGGAAACCUGAAAAAGCGACCGCGAUCGAUCAAGGAGUAUCUCGCAAUGGACCAUGGGAACGUCUAGCUUUGACGCAAAGGACGCUGGGAAGGGUAGGCGAGAAGUUCGCCUUUCCCAUGAUACAUAGCGCGGAACCAAAAUCGCUGCAGUCCCUCUCGAAUCCGCUAGAACGUGCCUGGGUACGAGGCAAUCUGUUUCCUCUUUGGUUUGUGUUCCUGACUAAGGCCCAGUUCUUACUUCGUGUUUCUGUUGGUCGAACUCAGUUGUAAUUGGGUCUAAGAGAAGCUUAAUAGUGAACGUGAUAUUAAGGCAGUUGUAAAUAAAACAAAAUAAAUACAUUUCCAAAUUUUAUGAAUCAAUUUAAUUCAACACGGCAUUAGCACGACGUUUGAAUCACUGCCACGCCAGAGUCGUGUAACACGGCAGAGCCGGUCGAACUUAAUCAGCCCAUCAAAUGGAGCCUCCAUCUCCAUUAAUUUCUUGAGUCAACCCUUUCCCGAGUAGAUUUAUAAAUAGAACGGCUAGUUUCCCGCGAAAAGUGUCAUAUUUCCGUGAGUCUCGUGUGUCACCGUGAAAAAAUAAAAUUGGAUGAAGUCGAACUCAGAAGCCCGUCCUUCGACCGUUUUCCUUUUUUCCUUUUCGUCCAUUUUUACAAUUUUACAGCCACUGGGAUCUGGGUAUCGUGAAAUAAAAGUUAAUGAAUUACCCGACUGAGCAUGAAGCGAUGGGACAAAGGCAGUGAACUGAGGAUCACGGAAAGGUUAUCUUUGCGAGUGUUUAUAUUGCUGUCAUACAUCCCACAUUUAAGCAUGCACCUUGAAAAGAGUCGACGAUUAAGCGUUCUGUGGACGAUUUGGAACUUUUCGAUGAUCAGCGCCGAAAAAGUGCCAGGAUCAUUUGAUUUUUGUCAUCACCGUGGAGUGGAUUUCGCCAGUUAAGAACCGCGUGCAAAAGCGAUGACCUAAGUAGCAACUAACGAGGAAUGCUUCAGGUCCGAAAUUUGAGAAAUUGCAGUCUUCCUUUACAAACUGACUUGUAUCACCAUGAGAGUUGCCUGAUAAAACUGGCACUUGAAAAGUUGAACAGAAGACAACAGUUGCUCGACCGUGAAGCUAACUCAAAAGUAAUUUGCUGACGGAGGAAUUUGUGACAUCGCACUCCAGUCCAAAGACCCACUCAUCUCAAGAAAAACAAAAUGGAUUGUAUCUGCGCCAAAAGAAUUAUGACUGACUAACAGGACAAUUCUCAGCAGUUAAUGUAGAAGUUUAGGCUCAAUUCCUUCCUUCGAAUUCGCAUCUGUAGAUCACUUUUUGCGAGAAGACAAUGGCUGGACCCGGCGUUACAAAACAUAGCAGGGAAUCAUCACACUAGCUGACGGACAAAACAACCACAAGGACUACAAGUAUUUAUUCAGAUAAACGCAUUUCGGAAAAAAAAACCUUGGAAAACUAGAAAUUUGAUUAAUACUGAGACAUUUAGCCGAAAUAAGAACCUCAACGCUCAAAAAAAUUGGCUAAAGAAAACGAAUCCUGUCAGAACUACAGACUGCACUGCAGGUAGUAGUUAAUCAUUCUGCAUGUAACAGACCAGCUUCAUGGCCUCUUAAUGUGAGACAAGCAACCAAAAUUAAGAUUAAAAUAGUCAGAGUUUAAAAUUCUCCACAGUAUAAUCUACCCGCUAGAAAGAAAAAAUAAAGAAAAUCUCUGAGGGAUGAAAACGCUAAAGUCACGUUUCACUAGCUUAUGAUUGUGUUUGGCCUGUCAACAACGAAUUUCCUGCUGUUUGAUGAAGUACAAUAGCAGUGUCAUUUCGUCGUUGUGAUUGGCUCUUCCUACCGUCGGCGCGCGAAGUCUCCCCUGGGAACCGUUCUAAUUAUAAAUCUACUCGGGAAAGGGUUGACUCCAAGGGCUUGUAUGGGAGAUGGAGGCUCCAUUUGAUGGGCUCCUGCUUUGCCAAUCCAAAUUCAAGCCUUUAUUCUGACAUCGUGCUUCUGCCGUGCUUUUGUCGAACUUAAUCCAAGGGCUAAGGUCGGAGCGACUAAAUCGCGACGUAUGAACUGAGCGUAAGGCACCCACCGGCUAGAUUGUGCAACUGUUUUUCGACUUUUUAUUAAGUUUUGCUUAAGCUCUCCAAAAUAAGAAGGCGCACGGCUAGGGUUGAGAAUGUCCAUGCAAGUUUUAGAGAGGUUCACUGUGUAUGUCUUUCUUGUGCCUGUAUUUCAGCAUGGAUUGGUUCUUUACAUCUGGCAUUUGGUUAUCUCCUCAGUCCUCUUGGUUCGUAUCUCAGUGAUCGCUACAGUUACAGAUUCACUUCCGCGCUGGGCAAUCUGGCAGGAAUGUCCGGUUUUCUCUUAGCAUCCUUAUCUUCUAAGCUUUGGUUAAUGUACCUCACGUAUGGAUUCAUGUCUGGCUGCGGACAUAUAACUUCAUAUAAUUCGUGCAGUUUAGUAGUUCUCCAGUAUUUCAUCAAAUGGCGCUCGUUGGCUGUUGGGAUUGUUCAAUCGUCACCAGCAAUUGGUGUCCUUGCAGUAACACAACUCACACAGGCUUGGUUAGAUGAAUUUGGAUGGCGAUGGGCUGUUAGAGGCCUUGCUGGCCUGUAUUUCAUAUGUGCCUUGUGUUCAGCUGUCUUUGUACCGCUGGACCAUCCGUCAGAGGAAAAUAACUGGGACAAGGACAUGAUUAUGAAGCCACCGGUGGAACAGACAAGGAGAUUAUCUCUACUUGGAAAUCGGCCGUUCUUAAUCUUACUAGCUUCCGUGGCUGUCAAUCAUCUGGCUAACUACGUUCCAAUCAUGCACAUAGUAAGUACUCGAUACAUACACCCAUGACAUUACAUCCACACAUCCAUUCAUUCGGGAUUGAGUCAAGCAAAAUUUCUGGCUUCCAAGAAGACUAAUUCUCUAUGUGACAUAAUUUUGUAUACAAAAUUGUCAUGUGAUGGACUGUAAUUUAAGACUGCAAGAAUUGAAAAACGGAUUACUAGCCUGAGAAAAAUGCACCCAAAAUUAAGUGAUACCACCGACGGCUUUCCCUCGAAUUACGUCUAGAAAUUCCACACUGAUGACGGGUCAAUUCCCAGAUCUGGGUAAGGCCUCUGAUCUAGACUGCGAACAAUCUCUCGUUUUCUUGAAAUCUAGUGAGGGGAGUGCACUUGCACGCGAGCGUUGAGCGGCGAAGCCGCGAGAGGCCAUUUACGUGUCUCGCGCGCUUUUCGCUCAACGGACUAAGAAAAAAGAGAAACUGCUCGUAGUCAGGAGCCCAUAAUCUGGAGCGAUCAACUCUCGUAAUAGGCUUAUGUCACAUUUUAGGGCACUUUUACCCGCGAAAAUAGAUAUGAACAAGGAAAACUAAACGUUAUUAAAAGGCAAAAAAAGAAAAUUUUUUAGCCCUGUAGGUUUCUGUUAGUUUUGCUGACUGGUUUUUUAAAAGAUAUCAAGAGCCAAAAAAUUUGCACCAAAACUGUUCUUAAAAAUAAACUGGUCCGUGAAAACGCUGUGACAAAAGCACAUGGAAGUUGCGCGCUCCGGGUUAUAGGCUCCUGUCGUGGUCCAUUCUGAUCUGUGGGUUGAAGCAAGUUUUCAACCAAUCAGAAGCACUUCUCAGUUUCUCGAGAUAAGGUGGGUUAUAUAAAGGUUUAAAUGUUUAAAAUUCAAGGGCGAUUUAUGUAAGAUGCCAGGAAUACUUUUCUUUUAGCAUGCUUAAAACAUCUUCUCACAGUUAAAAAGUCAGUGUGUUUUUGUUAACUGCUGACAAUUACUUUCUAUUCAUGUGUCUCCUCACUGUCUUCUCGACUCAAACUGACUACAUAAUUGAAUUAUCCGACGGACUAUCCAACCCUUAACUUGACUGACUGGUUAAAUGACUGACCUUACCUAGUGCGGAGGGUACGGAGUGAAAGAGUGACUCAGCGACGUAGUCACUCACACAAAUUGACUCGCCGACUACCUAACUGAAGGCUCGUUAAAAAGCAGAUAAACUAAAAAACUCGCCGAGUGGCUGCAAGGCUGAUGACUGGCCAGUUGAUGGACUAGACUGACUGCCCAUAUCUCUUUUUGUCAAACAGAUGAACUGGUAACUGUCAGACUAAAAGGCUCCGUUCUUUAUCUCUUUCUAAACAAGAGUAUGAUUGAAUUGUUAUAAUAAAAGGUUUCUUCUAACUUGUCCUCUGCCCCUUAAUUUUUCAGGUCAAACACUGUGAGCAAGAACUUCAUAUUUCAGGAAACAAAGCUGCAACGCUGUUUACCUACUUGGCUCUAGCAUCGAUUCUCAGCCGCUUCUUAUUUUGCAAAUUAGGAGACUUAAAUUGCCUCAAGAGAAUUCGUCUUUAUCAAUGUGGAAUGACCAUCAGUGGCCUUUGCAUCAUGUGUCUUCCGCUUGCGAGAUCAUUUGGUUCUUUGGCGGCAAUAAUGUUAGUCUUUGGACUUAUGGAAGGCGCCAUGUUAGGGCAAUUGACUUUGCUCGUUUUGGAAUGCGUGGGAAGACACAAGAUCAAUCAGGCUUGGGGCGUGAUGCAGUGUUUUAUUGGCAUGUCUGUUUCUAUAGGACCGCCCCUUGCUGGUGAGUUUGGACUUAUCAUUUGUUCCAGAGUCUCUCCGAAAGGCCCUGUCUAGACGUUACGGUGACGCAGUGUCUCAAGGGCACUAUUCACGCCGUAUACAUAGAGUAAUAAAAAUUGCGCGUUCUCUUAAAAGGCGACCUUGACACACCUCUGCUUGUAUUGAUACAUUCUAUCACAUUCAGCUAUUUAACCGAGAAACCAUUUGCAUAUUCUAACGUUACACUGACGUUAUAUGUGGAAAGUUCAUUGAUCAAUCACGAGCAAACGCAGUGUAUGGUUUUAGCCCUGCAUACUUUGAUUUUCUGAAAUUCUAUUUCCUCUUUUCAAGGUUUUAUGGCCGACAGACUUGGUUCUUAUAAUCCUACAUUUUACACCACGGGCGCAGUGAUGAUAGCGGGGACAUUGAUUACAUCACUUAUGGCAUUUGUGAAACAACAACCAGAAAGGACUGAAGUGUUGCUGUCCAUCGGAGAAGAACUCUUGGUUACAGAAAAAGUGUCAGUUGUCUAGAAUCGUUUCAUACUACGUUUUUUAAUUCGAGG